AUGUCAUUCAACUCUACAGACUUUGUUCUAACUGGAGAUAUCAACAGUCCUACUUAUGCAGCAGUUCUUGGUAUUGAAGCAAUCAUUGGUAUGAUAGCUAAUGUAGCAGUGUUAUUAAUGACACUAUAUCAAAAGAAAUCUUGGAAUCAACCAUCAACAAUAUUCUUCACUUCUCUCCUACUGUCUAACCUCAUUAUUGCUCUAUGGUAUUUGAUGUCUUCUAUUGCAGUAGGAGCUGAAGAAUGGAUUUUUGGAAGCACUUUUGAGCAAAGGAAUGCAACAUGCUUAUUCAAUGCUUAUCUGUUGUGGAGUGGUAGAAUGAUUGCGACAAUGACAUUAGCUACUGUAUCUUUUGAUCGGUUUCUGUUUGUUGCCAAGCCUUAUUCUUACAAGCGGUUCAUGAGACCACGAGUAGCUCUGAUCCUGGUUAUUGGUGUGUGGGUGAUGAGUUCAUUGAUAAAUACUAUACCAUUCUCUGGUUUUGGUGUGUAUGGAUAUUUUUCUCUUAAUGGUAUUUGCACAUUGCUAUAUGCAUAUUCAGGUCUCUAUCUUAUAAUUCUUUUUGUUGUAUAUGCCAUUAUUUUUGUAAUAAUAGCAGUCACAUCCUUUUGGACAUUUUGUUUUACUCGUAGGUUCAUGCAGGACCAGGCUGAAAUAGCUGGCGGUAGUGUAUAUCAAUCUAGAAAGAAGAGGUUGUUUGGUAUAUUUGGAUAUAUGCUUCUAUCCUACGUCAUUGCUUUAUUGCCAUCAUACAUUAUUGGCACUCUUAAUAUGUUCUAUCACUUACCAGCAUAUGUUCACCUUGGUGUUGUUGUUGCUUAUGGGCCAGAGAUAGUUGUUAUCGUCAAAAACUGGUGGAAUAAAAUCAAAAGCACCCCAAGGAAUCAGGACAGAAAUCUUAAUAAUAUUGCUAACUAG